AUGUUGAUCCAGAGGGCGCGUUCCCACCAUCGCCUUGUUCUGACGCAGAGGUCCAGCGCUACCUCUGCGUCCAGACCAAGCAGAUGGCUAUCAACGCCCUCUGGAUCAACCUCGUCGGCCUCUUCAUCCUCAUGCUCUCCUGCGCCUUCGGUGGGAUGGUCGUCUACGCUCGCUACUGGGACUGCGACCCCGUCCGCUCCGGAGUCGUGUCCAAGGGCGACCAGCUGUUCCCCCCUCUUCGUGAUGGACACCCUCGGCCAGUGGUAUGGGCUGCCCGGGCUCUUCGUGGCGGGUAUCUUCUCCGGCGCUCUCAGCACCGUGUCCUCGGGAAUGAACUCACUCGCUGCCAUUGUCCUCGAGGAUUACGUGAAGGCCGGCUGCUGUCCUGACAUCAGCGAGAAGAAGGCCACUCUGCUCUCCAAGGUCCUCUCGCUCUUCUUCGGGCUUCUGACCUUCGGCUUGGUGUUCGUGGCUGAGCAGCUUGGCAACAUCUUGUCUGCCGCUCUGAGUAUCUUCGGUAUGGUUGGAGGACCUUUGCUCGGAGUCUUCACCUUGGGCAUGUUCUUCCCCUGGGCGAACUCGAAGGGCGCCUUCACGGGUCUCCUGACGAGUCUCAUCUUCAUGUUCUGGAUCGGCGGAGGGCACCAAGUCGCCCGCUGGAACGGCCAGAUCACCUUCGACAGGAAAGUCACGAGUAUCGAAGGGUGUAACUUGAACGAGACCUCCGCCUUCUCGCCUCUCACCGCCGCGCCUCUUGUGGCUGAAGAACCUGCGAAGAGGCCUCCCUUGCCCUCACCGCCCAUCUCCUACAUUGGUUCCUCGCACACAGGACCUCGGUCACAGGACUUGCAAGAAUGUAAGGACUCUUUGACCCAGGACUCUCUCUCCAGCAUCUUUUGGGUUCAGGAGGUUCAUCCCAGGCAUCGAAGGACUUCGGAGAGACUUUGUUCCGUCCACGGUGCAGAAAAGUAA